GCCAGUUGGCUGGCAGUGCUGUGCGGGAUCGUCCUCAGCGACCGGCAGUCAGUGCGCUUGCGCGCGGUAUAAGCGCCGCGGUUCUUGACUGUACUGUGCCGGGCGCUGGUGGUAGCCAUGCAGGGAGCCAACUCGGAACAGCCCUUCAAGCGGCCCCGAUGCGAUGGCAGCCCAAGAACCCCUCCAAACAACCGUUCCGCGGCGGCGGAGUGGUCCCCGGGCCCCGAGCUCCUCCCAGAUCCCCAGUUCUGGGGCCCGGAGCAGGUGUGCUGCUUCCUAGAGCGCAGUGGCUUCAGAGAUCCCCGACUACUGGACCGCUUCCGAGAAAAUAAAAUCACAGGUUUGACACUGCUCCAUCUUAAUGAGUCUGAUCUUGAAAGUCUUGGGAUAAGUGCCUUGGGGGACAGAAAGAAGCUGCACAAUUAUAUCCAACAACUGAGUGGAAUUUAUGGUGAUUCAAUGAAGGUAAUUAAUGAUCCUAUCCAUGGCCACAUUGAACUCCACCCUCUCCUCAUCCGAAUCAUUGACACACCUCAAUUUCAGCGGCUUCGAUAUAUCAAACAGUUGGGAGGCAGUUACUACAUUUUUCCAGGUGCUUCGCACAAUCGAUUUGAGCACAGUCUAGGUGUAGGGUAUCUAGCAGGAUGUCUGGUUCGUGCACUGCGGGAGAAACAACCAGAGCUGCAGAUAAGUGAACGGGAUGUGCUCUGUGUUCAGAUUGCUGGCCUUUGUCAUGAUCUCGGUCAUGGGCCAUUUUCACAUAUGUUUGAUGGAAGAUUUAUUCCACUUGCUCGCCCAGAUGUGAAAUGGACGCAUGAACAGGGCUCAGUGAUGAUGUUUGAGCACCUCGUUAAUUCUAAUGGACUCAAAGCAGUCAUGAAAUACUACGGUCUUGUCCCUGAAGAAGACAUUUGCUUUAUCAAGGAACAAAUUGCAGGACCACUUGAAUCACCAAUCAAAGAUUCUUCGUGGCCAUAUAAAGGGCGUCCUAAAGAGAAAAGCUUCCUUUAUGAGAUAGUGGCCAAUAAAAGAACUGGCAUCGAUGUGGACAAAUGGGAUUAUUUUGCCAGGGACUGCCAUCAUCUUGGAAUCCAAAAUAAUUUUGACUACAAUCGCUUUAUUAAAUUUGCCCGUGUUUGUGAAGUAGAGAAUGGGAAGUGUAUUUGUCCUAGAGAUAAGGAGGUUGGGAAUCUAUAUGACAUGUUCCAUACUCGCAACUCUUUGCACCGCAGAGCUUAUCAACACAAAAUUGGCAACAUCAUUGAUACAAUGAUUACAAAUGCUUUCCUCAAAGCAGACCCCUACAUAGAGAUUACAGGUGCUGAAGGAAAAAAGUAUCACAUCUCUACAGCAAUUGACGACAUGGAAGCCUUCACGAAGCUAACAGAUAACAUUUUUCUGGAGAUUUUAUAUUCUUCUGAUCCCAAACUGGAUGAAGCACGAGAGAUUUUAAAAAAAAUUGAAUACCGUCAUCUAUACAAGUUUGUGGGUGAGACUAAGCCACAGGGAAAUAUAAAAAUUAAAAGGGAAGACUAUAAAUACCUUCCAAAGGAAAUUGCUGAUGCUAAACCCGACAUAUUGCCGGAAUUUGAACUGAAGGCUGAAGAUUUAAUAGUGGAUGUUAUCAACAUGGAUUAUGGAAUGGAAGACCAGAAUCCUAUCGAUCAUGUUCGCUUCUAUUCUAAGCAUAACCUCAGCAAAGCAGUCAGGAUUACUAAAGUUCAGGUUUCAGAGCUUUUGCCAGAGAGAUUUGCCGAGCAGCUAAUUCGCGUAUACUGUAAGAAGACUGACACAAGGAGCUUGUAUGUUGCACACCAACAUUUCGUUCAGUGGUGCUUAAUCAGAGACUUCACCAAGCCGCAGGAUGGUGACAUUAUAGCCCCACUUAUAACACCUCGGAAAAUGGAAUGGAAUAACAUGAAUUCAGCCCGGAGCCCAGAUCACUUGCGGGAAGUGUCCAGAUCUAGACAUCGUCUUUUUCCGGAUGACUCAGUGUGAAUGUUUGCAGCCAGUUCUUGACAUCAAGCUUCUUCCCUGUCCCCCAAGAGUAUUAACUAACGUAGGGAAUUUGGUCAUGGAGUUCUACAAAUUUAGUGAUAACUAGCGCUUUUUAUAAUUUGAAUGUACACACAUGCUGAAGCUAAGUAAUUUUUAUCCAAAGAAACAGAGGUAUUGGGCAAAUCUUGCUAUACAUGCUAUGGAAAGCAUUACCUUGCUUAUUUUAACCAUAACUAAAGCCUUUCACUAGUAGUCUUAUUUUCUUAGAAUAACAAAAAAAAAUUUUUAUGUACUCUGAA